CAGCCUCGCCCGCCGUGCUCUGUGCGCCCGGCUAGCUUGAACCCUGAAUGCAGCCAACGCGUCGUCGUCCUCCAUCACCAUUACCACCACCACCGCGUGCCUGCCUCGCGUGUCCCAUCCCCAGCCAUGGCCGCCUUUGCCCAUUUCCUCAAGUCCAUCUUCAUCCCCCUGUUCCUCGCCGCCGUGCUGUACCUGCUGCUCGCGCUCCUAAUCGUGCCCUUUGUGCGCCGCCACCGCACCCGCUACAGCCAAUACCUGCCCAUGCCGUCGUCCGCCCACGCCGAGUCGCUCUCCACCUGGCGCACAAACGUGUCCGACGCCCUGUACAUUCUGUUUGUGCCCUCGCGCUGGCGCAGGACUGCCGUUGUUGCGCACCACGACGACGACUUGUUUGAUGAUGAGGAGGGCGAGGAUAUGGUUGGGUUUAGUCCUAUUGAUGAGCGGAGGAGGGCUGUCUUGGAGCACCGGGGCGCUGCGGAUGAGCAGCGCAGGGUCGGCAGGCACCUCGAGGCUGUGUUCAAGGAUGAGAGUGAGGACGAGAUGGAGGAUGAGAGGCGUCCGUCGCUGGCAACAGGGCGGUCGUGAUGCUGGGUGUUGGCUAGUUUUGUUCAUUUCAUGUAAUUGCAUUGUUCUCCAGAAAAUACCCGUCUCACUUCACUUCACACCAUCCCACGGUUGACACAACAGGUAAGAGCUUAAUCGUGUAUGUUCAUUGAUAUU